GACAUCUCAAUGUUCCGUGAAUUUUUGCUAGUAAAAUUGAUAAAUGCUGAAAAGGCAACAUUUCAAACGCCAACAUUUUCGCAAAAACGUGAAAGAACUUUGGAAAUGUUGAUUAAGGAUUUACAUGAGGACUACGUGGGCGACAGCAAAUUGAACAUGCUAAAUAGACGCGCCUUCUCUGAAGUGCUCUACGACGUGCCAAGAACAUCAAAGCUGAAGGAGGACGCAAGGCAAAUAGAAUUUGUACGCAUUGGACAAGCACUUAAGCUGGAAGCCAUUGUACGCGGUGAUGCACCCACUAGCAUUGCUUCAGCGAGUCCUUGUACUAUAUUUAAAAACCCACCUUGGGGCCCUGAUAUAUUUUACCCCACAUUUCCGCACAGAGGUACGCUGGCUGGUGAUUCCUUUGGCAGCAGUGAUGAAUGUUUGUUUAUUGCAACUGAUGAUGGCACCUUCCUGAUGAAAGAAGAUCAAUCACAUCAGCUUAUUUUUGACAAGACUUUUUAUGUGCGGCAGUUGAAUGUUUUGGAGGAGCAUGGUUUGGUUUUGAUACGUGGCGGCUCAGUCACCAACCGCGAUUCGCAUCGUGUACAUGUUUUUCGUUUGCGUGAGUUUCAACCAAAAUGUGCAGAGGAGUCAUUCAAGUGUCGCAGUCGGGCGGAGGUGAAGGAUCGCCGCAUUGACAGGACACGCGGUUGUCAUUUGUUUGCUAGCUCGCGUGUCAAUGGUGGUCAUUUACGCUUAGUGGUCGCUGUUGGCAAAAAGUUGCAGUUAUUCCAAUGGAAACAUACGGCUGCAUGGGCUUCGUGGUGUUCGGAAAACGAUACAGAAACAGCUGAAGGUUUCAUUUUUCAAAAGGAAAUACAGCUGAGUGAAUCGCCGUCGAUUAUUACGCCAUUAGAAGGACCAACAAAUACAAAUGCUGGUGGUUUUAUUUGUGUUGGAUAUAGGUAUCAUUAUGAAGUUAUCUGUGAUCAAACUGGUACAAUUACACGUUUACACGAAGUGGAACCAUCAAAAAGAAGUCAAGCACAGCUUACAGAUGCAAUUGAACUAUGUGACGGCCUAGAAACUGAACUACUGCUGUGCUAUAAUCAUACUUGCCACUUCCAAAAACUGAAUCAAAAGGAUGGCACCACAAGCGAAUUUGAUUUUCAUUGGAAUACUUCGCCAACAUCAGUUGUGUGUGCAUUUCCCUAUAUACUGGGUUUUACCUCGGACUCAAUGGAAAUACGACUACUUGUUAAUGGUAAUUUAGUAGACACAGCAAUAAUGCCAGAAUUGCAAAUGAUCACAUCGAAAAGAGAUAUAUUCUUUGUCAGCACGGCACCUGAGAUACGCUCAAAAGAGUUAAAUAUAAAGGGACUGCAAAUCAAUGAACUCACACCAGAACGUCGUCUAGUCACAACACCAAGUGAAACUUCAUCUAGCGAAGAGCUGACACGGGACAAUUAUGGUGAUUUGUCCAGUGUUUGCAGUAAUAUGACCAGCAAAGAUAUACCAAUAAAUCCAGAACAUGAACUAACCAAUUUACUAGAAAUACCAAAUGCAACAGGACAAUUGCCACAAAUACAACGAGCGCGUUCCUUGCAAAAAACAAGUAAUAUAAUGGAAGAGAAGCCAUUUAUAGCCAAAAGUAAUUCCUGUGGCGACUCAUAUCAGUCAAAUAACACUGCUCUACGUAGUAAUUCCAUAUUGGAUCAACAAACUAUACAACUACAAACAAGUGUACCACCGAACUCCCCCAGAAAUAAUACCAACAACACCAAAUGUAAUCAACACUCCCCAAUGUCUCCAACGAAACGUAAUUCUAAAUAUCGUAGUCUCUUCAAUAGCGGCAACAACAAUAAUCACAAUAACGGCAACAGCACUGAGGGUUACUCAAGCUCACCGGAUCGUUGCAAGCCACUACGCGUAUAUCGUAUACCACUGACUAAACUAACCGGUGCACACUCUCAAUUCCACAUGCACUCAUUCAAUACCAGCACACAGUCGCAGAUACCAUUGAGUUCUCAUGGCCUUACCAUGAAACAGAAAUCUAUUGAUGUACAAUUACCUCUUAGUCAGGUUAGUGAAGCUGUACUCCAGGAAUGACAAACAAAUCAAUAUAGAAACAUAACACAGGGCUCACAGCCAAAAUAUAGGGAAAGGCGCAAAUCAAUUGAAAUUAGAGAUUUUGAAGACAAUAAAUUCAAUGAAGAAGAUGAGAGACGUUUAGAGAUAUUGAUGCUUCAAGAUGAGGAUGCGGAUGCGGAUGCGAAUGAGAAUGAAACUGAGGACUUGGCUACACAACAACAAAUAGAUUUCAGUGUGUUGCUGAAACAGGAACUGCGCAGGUUUCAAGAAAAUCAAACAAGACAAAAUUGAAUAGAAAACUUUUAAUAUAAAGUAAAAUAACAUUUAAAUUAAAAAAAAAUAAUAUUAAAUAAUUAGACAUUCAUCAAAAUACAAAUUUUCAAAUGCUGGCCAAUCUGAAAAGCUAAGCAUGCAUGUACCUAAAGUGUAGGGUGUACACAUAUGUCGAAAGGACAAUUCAAAUUGUGGUAAACAGGAUUCUGUUUUAUAUAUGAAAGUUACAUUAUUUGAUAUUUUAUGCAACGUUGAUA